GAAGGAAAGCUCCGCUCCAUCUCACACCAAAGUGGGUGCCCCCACCCAUACCAGAGGCUCAAACCACGAACCGAGAGUUUCUCUGGCCUCAAACGAAACCUUUCAUCUUUUUUUUUUUUGUUUGCUUUUUCCUCCAGCGAAGCCGGGUCUGGGCUGACUUCCUUUGCUUUCAGGUUCACUUUGAAAUAACAAGCUGAAAAGCCACGAGGCUUCGUUUUUGAACCUGCCAAGGAAUGGGCGACCUCGGAAAGAAGCAGAAACAUCGGGAAAGCUCGAUGUUAACAGCUCCAUUGUUUCCAAGAGGAAAAACCUCCCUGUGAUUCCCUGUGCCGCGGACUUUAGCCGGGAUGCACAAAUACUGCUGGGUCCACAGAUCUCUUGUUGUGCGCGCCUGGAUUUGCGUUUUGGCAGGGAAGAAGGGCGGCUCGGAGCUGGAAUUCCCGCAGGGAAUGCCCCUCCCGGGAUUUCGCUGUCGGACUGAAGGUCCCCAGCUCCAAGGAGCGCCGGAGCUGCGAGCAGGACACAGGGGCUGUGUCGCUGUUGCCCAAAGAUGCUCUGCGGACCACCCACAGCACAGUGAGCCCUCCCAGCCAUCCCAAAUCCCGACCCUGAGGGCUGGGGAAGGUCUGAGGAUGUGAGGAGGAAGGAAUGAGGCUCAUCCUCACCCUGGGGUACCCGAGGGAUCCUGCACAGCAGCCAGCCCAUUCCUGCCAGCGCUGGAUCAGAGAUUUGGACAGCCCUGAGCCCGGGGGUGCCCACAGUGCCCAGGCUGCAGGAACUCACCUGGAUGUAGCUGGCAGAGAUGCCCGUGGUGCUGCCAGCUGCCCCCAUGGUGCCAAGGGAAAAGGAGCGGGCAGGGAGGAGCUCCAGGAUCAGAGGCAGCCCUGGAUGGAGGAUGCUGGAUGGGCCCCAGCUGGACAUCCCCACAGGUGAGGAGUGUGAGUCCUGCUGGCCCCGCUCCCCCGAGCUCCCGCCCCGCUGGCAGCGGGGACAAUGGCGGUGGGACACGAGCACGGCACCAGGGAGCCAGCACCAGGGAAUGGCACCAGGGAUGCAUCUUCAGGGAAUGGCAUCAGGGAAGGCAGAGCAGAGCAGCCCCACUCCCGAGGCAGGACACGGCUCCCCAGACCCCUCUGUGGCGCUGCUGGCUCUCAGGGACACCUUUCCACCAGAGAUCUCGCUCUCCUUCUCCGUCGAGAGCCGCUCCUCGCGGGGCCGCAAUUCCCAGCUCCAGGAAGCUGCCAGGAAGAAGCUGUGGGCUCUGGAGAGCGAUGACAGAAGUGUGUGUGCCCUGUUCAAGGAGCUGUCAGCCAGGCUGGUCUGCAUGCAGGCACACGAGGAUCGCUUCCUCCUCACCUUCAAAACCCUGGAGGAAGUCUGGAAGUUUUCCACGUAUCUGACUUUAGGAUACGUGGGGUCCUGCCUGGAGCAGCUGCUCUUUGCCCAGGAGUUCUGGCUGGACUGUGCCCUGGUGGAGGACACCGAGCUCAGGGUCACCAUGGAUGAAGAGCACCUGGCCACCAUCUACAUGGAUCUGCUCCUCCAGGAAGGGAAUUUUUUCUCCAGGGCAGUGCCUGGUGCCUGGAAAUCAGAGCAGGAGGAAGAGGAGGGUCUGCAGCUCUGCAGGAAUGAGCUGAUCCAUGUGAAGAGUGCUGGACAGGAUUCCAGAUGGGAAGGCAUGUCCCUGCUGACGGGACAGCGAGGCUUGGUGCCCCUGACAGCUCUGGAGCCAAUAGCUCAGCCCUUCUACCAGUGGUUCCUGAAGAAUUAUGCUGUGAGCUUUGGGCUCUCCCAGGAGAUCAGCGGGACGAGCUCUCAGGCCAUUGGCAAAGGCAGGUGCAUUGCCACCAAGGAGCACAGAGGAGCAGCGUGGGAUGAGCUGAGCUUCUCCAAAGGAGACCCCAUAGAAAUCAUCGGCUUCUUCAUCCCUGGGCUGCCCUGGUUUGUGGGCAAAUCCCUCAGCACUGGGAGCAUUGGCUUUGUUCCCACCCAGCACGUAAAUCCCGAGGCUUGUGAACCUCUGGGAAAGGGUUUUGUGUUUCUGAGUGAAGAGGAGAAGUCCCCAGUCCUGCAGGUGCCCUGCAAUGGUGACGAGCAGCACUUUGUCACCCUGCUGGGGGACCUGGCACACACGGACAUCACCUCUGUGUACAGGCUGGCUGGUUUUGAACCCACAGCUGCAUUCCCACAAGCGCCACCAGAGGCUGCUUUCCACGGCAGUAAAGAAAUCCAGGUGCUCCAGUCUUGGGAGGAAAUCAGUGACUGGGCUGCCAGCAGCACCUCGGAGCUGUCCAGCCCAGGCAGUGAGACAGCCCCUGCCACGCUGGAAGAUGUUCUCCUGGACAAGCUGGACGAUUUGGAUUAUCCCAAAUUCUUCAUCGACCUCAACGCUGGACACAUGGAGGAUGCUGAUGUCUUUGACCCCAUGUUGACCUUCCUCAACCAAGACAGUUUCGUGCCCAGUUUUCAAAGCUUUUAUGAUCUCAGCUUUUCCUUUCUCCACUCCACUUUUUAUGGUUUCUCUGACGAGGAUGAGCUGGUCCUGUACCUCGAGACUUCCCGGAACUGGGCCAAGAGGACUCACUCAGUUUGGGCUCACGUCAGGCUCUGUUUCCUCUUGGGUAAACUCUGCAUCAAAAAGGUCAAGCUCUCCCAGGCCCGGGUGUACUUUGAGGAAGCCAUGAGUGUCCUGGACAGGGGUUUUGGGGACCUGCCCCUGCUGGCAGCGCUGCACGUCAGCCUCGCCUCCAUCUACCUGAAGCAGAACAUGAAGCACAAGUUCUCCUCCCUGCUGGGGAAGACAGUGACCCUGCUGGUGUGCCUGCCUGGCCGCUCCUUCAGCUGGGAGAACGAGCUGGAGCUGCUGACCUACGUGCUGAGGGAAUCCAUCGCUGCGGGCAAUGCCCUGCUGGAGGCCCGGACCUGCUUCCUCAUCGUCAGACUCCUGCUGCAGCUGGGCAGAACUGAGGAGGUGCUGCCUUUUCUGGAGCAUCUCCAGUGUCUCAGCAGCACCUGGCUCAGCCCAGGCAGCCGUGCUGGGCCGCUGGACGCCGCUGCCACCUUGGGCUACCUGUAUGACAAGAAGUGCCUGCCCAACGUGGCGCUGGCCUGCGUCAGGGCCUUCGCUCCCAGCAGCACCAAGGGGACGCCCACGCCCAUCUGGAAGGCUGGCUUCAUCCUCCAGAACGCUUCCAAGCUGGUGGGGAAGCAGCUGGACGGGAGCAGCAUCCCGGCAGUGGCUUGUUUGUACCUGAAGCGAGCGCUGCAGUUCUGCUGCCACAGCAGGGCCGUGCCCGCGCAGAGGACGCUGUGCGCCGUCCUGUCCAGGCUGCUCCUGCAGCACGGGCGGCUGGACGGGGCUCUUUGUGACGCAGCCAGGGCUGCAGGCCUGGCCAGGCUGCUGGGGGAGGAGGAGGCCUUUGAGUCCUCGCUGUCCCUGGGCUGGCUGCACCUCCUGCAGCAGCAGCCGGGCCCGGCCGGCGCCGUGCUGCGGCGCUGCCUGCGCGGCACGGCCGGCGAGAGCCAGGCCGGCGCCGUGCACAACCUGCUGGCCAUGGCCCUCGGCGGCCAGGGCCGGCUGCAGGAGGCUGCAGAGAACUUCCUGAGGGCCCUGCACAAGGCCAAGGAGACGGGCAGCGGCAGGAACCAGGCGGUGGCCCUGGCCAACCUGGGCCAGCUGAGCCUGUCGUGCGGGGCCGCCCAGCUGGCCGAGCUCUACCUGCUGUGGGCAGUGCGGCUCUUUGCCCCGCUCCAGGGCCACCGGCAGCUGGACACGGAGCUGGCACAGGUGCUGCUGUGGCUGGCACAGGCCAUGGUGGACAGGCAGAGGAUGGAAGAUGCCAAACUCUGCUAUGAGCUGGCGCUGGGGUUCGCCCUGAGGUGGCAGAACCUGAGGAGUCAGCUGCACGUCACCGAGCGUCUGUGCCAUUUCUACAGCAGAGUGUGCCCCGAGCUGCAGGCCUGCAUCGCCUACCACGAGCACUGGGCAUCCCUGGCACGGCAGCUGCAGGACAGGGAGCUGGAGGGCAAUGCCAGGCAGGCGCUCAGCCAGCUCUACCAGGCUUUGGGCACGCCUCAGGCUCUGAGACAAUCCCUGGACUGCACCAAGCAGUGCCUGAGGAUCUUCAUCGACCUUGAGGAGGCUGCGAGGGCAGCAGAGGCCUGGCUGCAGGCAGGAAAGCUCUAUUACCUUCUCCAGGAGGAUGAGCUGGUGGAAAUGUACUUCCAGGCAGGCAUCCAGACUGCUCUGAGAGGGGACAACUUCUCCUUGGCCAUGGAUCUUUAUGAGAAAGCAGGUGACACCUUCUUUAACGGCAGCCGGAACAGGGCCCGAGCUGUGGAGUUUUACAGGGGAGGUGCUGUGCCCUUGGCCAGAAAACUCAAGGCCACCCAGACAGAGCUGAGGCUGUUCAACAAACUGGCAGAGCUGCAGAUCAGCCUGCAGGGCUACGAGAAGGCUCUGGAGUUUGCCACGCUGGCAGCCAGGCUCAGCCUCAGGGUUGGGGAUCAGCUGCAGGAGCUGGUUGCCUUCCACCGCCUGGCCACAGCCUAUGAGCUGCUGCACAUGUACGAGAUGGCCGAGGAUUGCUACCUGAAGACACUGGCCCUGCGCCCCCCCGUGCUGCAGAGCUCAGCAGAGGCUCUGUACUACUGCAAACUCUACUGGCACCUGGGCAACCUGACCCUGCACAAGCUCAAGGAUGAACAGGAUGCAUCCUCCUACUUCCUGCUGGCCCUCGCUGCAGCUGCUGAGCUGGGAGACCAGGAGCUGCAAGCCCAGCUCUGCGCCAAGCUGGCUGCCGUCCCCAGAGCCCCAGGGGCACCUGAGGGCACAGCAGGCUGUGCCACAGAGCGGCCACGGUGGCUGAGUGAAGGUGGCCACGUGGUGUGACCCAUGGAGCCACCCAGCAGUGCUGUGCCAGGUCUGUGUGCUGUCCAGAACCAGCCCAGGAGACAGGAGGGCUCCUGCAGCACGUCCUGAGGAGCUGGAAGGGUUUGGGCUUCUCACCCCAAGCAUUUGGGACCCUGCCCUCGUUUUCCAGCAGAGGUGGCACAGCCAGGGCAGGAUGCUGGAGCUGGUGGUGCAGCAGGGCUGAGCUCCUGGAGGGGUUCAGCCCAGGGUGGGGAUGGGGACAGCUGCCAUGGGCUGUCCCCACAGCUGCCCCACACCUUGGAGCAGCUCAGCCUGACCCAAAGUUAUUUGAAAUAGCAGCCCUUUUAUUUAUGCCUGGUUUUUAUCCUGUCUCUGAUGACAUCUCUGCCACCCCCCUCUCCUGUAAAAUGCACCACCAAAGCUUUUGGCAGUGAGAGACAGAAUUAGGGAAGUGAGGAGGAAUAAAGGGGCUGGUCCAGCCUUACCUGGGGGCAGAAAAAAACUGCUCAGGAGGAGGCAGAGCCCCAGCCCAUCCAACCUCCAGGUCUAGAGCAGGAGCACAGGAAGAGAGCCCUGGAACCUGGAGGUGCUGUGUCCCAUCCCUGGAGGUGUCCAAAGGCAGAUGUCACAUUUGGGGACACGGUUUAGUGGUGGGGGAAUGGUCGGGCUGGGUGAUCUUAGAGAGAUUUCCCAACCUGAGCGGUUCUCCCGGGCACGGGGCAGGAAUGUGCAGCUCUGAGCGGCCACCAGGGAGCAAUAAAUGCUCAUUUUUGCAGCGAGAGCGGCUUCCUCACAAACCGAGGGCUGGGCUCUCACUCCGGGACGGAGCACAGGGAAGAAGGAGCGAUUUUCCCAGCUGAUCUCUUUGCUUUGGCAACCAGUGGCCAUCUGUGGCUUCCCAGCCAGACCCUGCUCCCAGCUCCCUGCCCGUGCUGCCCUGCCUGGGAUUGUUAAACGCAGAAUAUUUAUUUCCUCCCUGAGUUCAACUUCCUCUUCCAAUCCCUUCGAGGCGUUUGUCACCGGGGCAAUGAUUAUUUACAGCUUGUUUACCGAGCAGCCUCAGACCCCAGCCCGGAGGAGGGAAAUCUUCAUCCUGCCUAAAACCCAGCCAGCUCAGGGCUCCCCAAAACCUCCCUGCCCCACCCCACUGCUGGUUGGUGCUCACCAUGCCAGGGUGAGAAACUGUUUUCUGCAGUUUUUCUUUUGGUCUAGAUGGUUUUUAAGGGCUAUUCCAACCACUUAACAUUCUCUGGAUCUUUUCACACUCGGGGAAAAAAGCACAGUCUCACAUCUUUGUGCCAGGAGGAAGAUGGACAAUUGGAAAUGAGGCUGUGGGGAGGAGCUGGGAUGGCUCUGGUUUAAACACACAGGUUCAGUGUCUGAGCUGGCCUAACUCAGCCCAGCUCCAGCAGUCAAACAGAGACGUUCUGAUUUACAGGGACUCUGGAGCUGCUUGGAAACCAAAUGUAUCCUCUCUAAAUCACAGCAAAAAACAAAUUUUGUGGUGCCUGCGGAGGGAAAAAAGUCUUCCUCCUUGGGAGCAUCCUAUAAAAGAUCAUUUUCCCUCUCCCUCAUCUGCCUGCCCGCUCCCCCAUGCUGAGAUGAGAACUCAGGGUGGCCAGGGCUAAUUAAAAUUCAUGAUACAGUGACAUUUAAAGCUGUUGUUCGUGUGUACCAAGUCCUGGCUCGGUGCCCAAGGAAAGAUGAGGAUAUUCCAUCCCUCCAGUUUUGUGGGCAGGGAAAUUUGGGGACUUUGUGCCAGAGGAGGUCACUGGGUGGUGGUUCAGCUCCUGUCACCCUCCACCCUGUCCAGGCUGGCGAUGUUGUCCCUCAUUCUGGGGCAUCCUUUGGGACACAGCACCCUGGGGUGCUGAGGGCUGCAGAGCCUGCCCAGGGCUGUGCUGCUGCUCCAGGAAGGGAGGGAAUGUGGGAACCCAGGAAUUAUCCUGCAGCACAGCCAGAGGCAGAAAUAGGGGAAAGGGAAGGGAUGGAUCAGAUCUCCUCUGACACCAGGUGUGCCCUGGCUUGUGACUCCUUCCUGGGCCACGUGUGAGUGCCUGUUCUGUGCCCAGGCCAGGAGUUUUCCUUCCUCCCUGCAGCCAGACAGGCUGGAAAUAGGUUGGAAAUAGGCCUGGUGGGGGCCACGUGCAGCAGCACGUGCUGCUCAGAGCAGCACCUUCCCUCCCAGUGCUCCCAGAGCUGCAGGAACAUCCCUGCUCUGGUUUUGGGGCUCCAGUCCUUCCCCAGUUUGACCUUGCAGGCACCAGCAGUCCCAGUCCUGACACAGCACCAGCACUGGCACUGUGAUCCUGUGUUUGUUUAAUGCCUCAGGGGGCCAUUUAAGGCCUGGAAUAACCAGGGAAUGGAUUUCUCUCGCAUAUGUUCAUUCUUGGACAGUGGAAAUACCAGGACAGGAAUAAUUCUUGCAUCAUCUGAGCUCUGGUGUGAGCCUCCCGUGGAAUCAGGAGAAAGGAAAUGCUGAUAAAUGGAAAUACAGAGAACUGGGUUUAUUUGGAUUUUCAUGGAAAUGACUCUUUUUCUGCAGAAAUGCAGCACCCAACAAUAACAGUUGUUAUCAGCAGACAUUUUUUCAUCACCCCUUCAUGGCACAGUGGUGCAAACUGGGCUGGAUGAGAGACCUGCUGUGGAGGAGCAGCGAGGCUGAGGCAGAGAUAAACCUGGAGCUCAGCUUAUCUCAGAGGUGGCUGCUCCUCUCUGGGCAGCAUCUCCUGGUGUUGCCUGGAUGGGUAAUGAGGAGUUGGUAAACACCAGCUGUUCUGCUCAGCAGAGCUGGGGGGAGUGUGUAAACUGGGUAAUUUAGAUUAAAAAUCAUUUAUUUGCACAGCAACCUGCUUGUUCAGUGAUAAUUGGGCUCAUAAAUAUGGAUGGGAGGAGGAGGAGCAGGGGCUGAGGCUGAGCCAGAGCCAGGAGUCACCAACUGUGGCUGCAGGGGCUU